CGAUAAGUCAACUAUCGGAUCAAAAGCCUUCAGCCCUUCGAAGAAGGUUGACAAUCGUUUCGGAGUGGAAGAAACACGACUGUACCAUGGUGCAUGUGGUACUGUUUGUGUUUUUAGUGAGUCUGAGCACAGGAUAUUGUAAGAGAGAUAGAGAUGGUGAAAUAUACACAAAUACUUGGGCAGUUGAACUAGACUCACACGAUGAAGAAUUAGCGCAUAGCAUAGCGGAAAGUCUUGGAUUUAAGAACGCAGGACCAAUAGCGAACUUACCUGGAUAUUUCUCGUUUGUACACGAAAGAUCGGAGAGCCGCCAGAGACGAAGUAGUGAGCAUCAUACACAACCGCUAUUAAAUCACCCGCGCGUGAAGUGGGCUGAACAACAGACUCUACUAUUUAGACACAAACGCGGUUUCAACACCUGGGAUGAAGCGGUAAUGCUUGUGCAACGCGCCGAGAGAAAUCGCAGAUAUUUCAACGACCCGCAGUGGAAAAAUCAAUGGUAUAUGGGUCCGUUAGACGCUGCUGACACCAGAGGAAACCUAGGUGUUUUGUCUGCUUGGAGAAUGGGGUACACAGGUAAAGGAAUUGUGGUGAGUAUUGUUGACGACGGGUUGGAUCAUACUCACCCCGACUUGAGUAAAAAUUACGACGAGGCUGCGAGCUUAGACGUAAACAAUAACACUAAUGUUGGAGUCGAUCAUGAUCCAACGCCAGAUGAUAGCAAUCUUUCCAACGAUCACGGAACAAAGUGUGCCGGGGAAGUCGCCGCCGAAGCGGAUAAUAAUAUUUGUGGUGUAGGAGUUGCGUUCAACGCAAAAAUUGGUGGUAUACGAAUGCUAGACGGAACCAUUACGGACCAAAUUGAGGCAGAAGCUUUGGGAUACAACUGCGAUUACAUCGACAUUUUUAGUGCAUCUUGGGGGCCUAAAGAUGACGGAAAAACAUUUGGCAAACCCGAGAAACUUGGAAGCGGAGCUAUGGAGAAAUGCAUUCGAGAAGGAAGAGAUGGUCAGUAUACAUUUAUUUAAUUUUCAAGUCGAUGUAACGAUCAACAGUUAUGAAACCGUUCGUUUAUCUUUUCUGCGAGUGUUAUAAUUCUUUGCUGUGUUUUGUUAAAGCCAGGAAACAGAUGGCGUUUAAUUAGAUACGCGGGUUUGCUCACGAGUUGAAUUUAAGUGAGACCGGUUGAAUAAUUAUUUCAGGAGCUUUGAUGACAAAUACUAAUAUGUGCAUGGGUAAGUAUUGUACAAAACGGUGACCUUGAGUUGUCACGACAAUAGCGACAUUAAGAAACAAUGCAUUUUACUUGCUAAUAAAUUUCCGUAUAAGCUGUUUUUAUCUUGCGCUUUGUUCACGCAAAAAUUCCAAGGAAACUGAAAGGCUUAAAUUUUCGGGAGCUGUAACAAGUUGGCAGCUAAUAACAAACGAAUUAGAGAAACUGCUGAAUAACAAUUCAUGUAAAGAAGGGAGUCACCUUAUUUUAAUUUGGCAAAGAUUUUAAGAAGAUUAAUGGGUAAUAUUUCAGACAAAGCCCUUAUAAAAUGACGGAUAAGGAACUGCUUUAUUUGAACAAGUUUUUUUAUGGGAGAUGAACUUUGUUCGUUUGUCUCACGAUAGAGAGACAACGCCAGAUGAAGACUAGCAGUACUGCAGUCGAAACGUCGCGAUCAACAUCAAAAGUGACUCUAUCGUGAGAAAAACGAACAAAGAUGACCUCAGUAUCUUACACCACAAUGAACAAAAAACAUAUUUUAUUACAAGUUUUUUAUUAGUUCAAAACCGACAAAGAACAGCUGUAAUUGGAGUUUCAAUUUCAAAAAUCUAAAAGACACGAAUGCUGUUGCUUAAAUUUCCUUUCUGUGAUCGACUUUCUGUAUUUUUCUCUGACGUUUUUUUCGGCACCAAAAACAACCACGCUUUGUAUUUUUCUACGAAAGGACGAGAGCUGUAUCAUUUGUUAUCGUAUUUUUGGAGUUUAAUUGCGGUAUUUGCAAAUGAGGUUCGUGCACAUGAAGUCCUUGUUGUUUUUUUCAUUCACGGACUGACGAAGACUGUUUCUCUGUUUUUGCCAGGAGACAAAAUAAUCAAAGACGGCCAACCAGCGAUGCAAAAUGCUAUCACCACAAAAAUUUUUAAGGCUCCAGUUUGUUGAUGCCUCAAGCGAUUUCUCAAUCAACCGUCUUGCAACGAAAGCAUCUUUUAUUAUUUUCAAACCUUUUUGCAAAAUGUACUAAAAGAAAGUGGUUUUGGAACUAAAGGAAAAUUUAGCUUUCUGCUGGGUGGAAAGUUUCCUUGCCGUGACGAAAAUAUGAAUUUUCCAGGUUUUUUUUUCACUUAAUGACUAAGAAUUCUUUCUAAAGAUGUUUUACACUCAGAACAACGCUAAAAUUGACACCUUUUUCCAAAUAACUUGAAUUUCGCCAGCCGUAAUUGUACUCGACGCACAAAUUGCUGUUCAAGGUAGCAGAAUAAAAGAGAAAAUUACCCAGGCUACUAUGGAACGGAAAAUAUUAACUGAAACCUAGAAAAUGCUCCUAUUCAACCUUUGAUCUUUCCUUUUUUUUCUCACUCAGAUUUAAUUUCAGCUGGUGGAUGUUCUAGUCUCAAAUGUAUAUGUCCCACAGUGUAAAAUGAACGUCGUCAGUUUAUCAUGCCAAAUAUAAUUUCUAUGUUUUUACCGAUCACAAAAAGUCGAGUUUUAAGAAAAAAACGCUCUUCUCAGUACAAAAUAGAUUCGACCAUUUCUUUGGUCUUCCCGUCGUAUUUCAGAACCCGCAAACGUUCUGACAAUUGUGUUGCGAACUGCGUGCGCAAACUUGGACAGGCAUGGCAUGAAAUUAAAUGUUGUUAAGUACAGAACAGUUUGCUCUUUGCUUGAGCUUCCGAACUAGUUUGACGCGGGAUAGGCUUGACGUUUGAGUUCAUUUUAAGGACAAAAUCAACCAAAAAAGACAAUUUUUUGAUAUCCUGCUUGACUGUAAAUUGAAGACAAACAAAACUUUAAAUGCUAUUGCCUUACAUCUGUAUGAAUUUGUUCUAAGCAUGAAAAUACUAUAAAAGCGAUGUGUGAAAUUACCAGUAGCAUGGUGGAAGAACCAUCAGAUAUUAAUUUUCAUAAAAUAACGAAGCCGGAUACUACGAACACCCUGAUGGGUAAAAAACUUCUCGUUGGUUCACGGUUGCAGCGGAAGUUUAUUUUAUAAAAGCAACAGCGCGCACUUUCGUAGCUGACAGUUUUCCUCGAUGCUUCCCCCUCGGAAACCUGUUCUCAUUUCGGAACAGAUGAUGUCCACAGACAAACACCCGUGCCUAUUUUCGCGCCAAAUGAAGGUUAUUAUUUAUAAAGCAAAAUGGUUGCGGUUAGUCAUCUUGGCAAUAACUUGCUAUGAUGUCUCACGAUAAACUUUGCAGCCCGGAUAGUUUCUGGAACGAGGAAAUUUGAUCAUGUUACACCUAGUUACAGUGUCUGCCAAUUAUGAAAAAACUUGCGGUUAGGAAUGCUACCAUGGUAUUUAAAUGCUUAAAUAGACUUGCACCUCCAUAUCUUUGUCAGAAGUUUAAAACCAGAUCGGAAAUGCACAACUGCAACACUAGGAAUAGGGAUUGCCUACAUAUGCCACUCUGUAGGACGGCUGCAGGUCAGCGCGCAUUUACUUUCAGAGGCCAAAAGCUGUGGAAUAGUCUCCUAGAUGAGUUUCAGUCUAUCACUAAUUUAGAUGUAUUUAAAGCAAAAAUGAAACAGCAUUUUUCAGGGAUAUUUUUGGAAAACUAAGUUUUAGAUAUUUGACAUUGUAAAUUAAGCUGAAAAGCGUUUUUGAGGAGAUUAAUAAAGUUAUUAUUAUUAUGUAGUCCCUUCCGAAGAGGAUCGAGACGUUUCGAAUGCACUACAUACUGUGAGUCUUCUUCACUCUUCAGGCGAUAAGGUCUGCUAGAUAUUCGUCACCUCAGGAACUGUUAUGCUAAGCUGUAAUUGGAUGAUACAGGCGAACAGGCGAACAGGCGAACAGGCGAUCAGGUCGACUAGAUACGGCGGAAACUGAGGCAAUGUGUAAAUAAAGUGUCUUGUCCAAGGAAAAGAGAUGAUGAGCUGGACUAGAUCUCCGAUCGAGACCUUUCCAUCCGGGGACCUGUUCAUUGAUCUCUUGGCCACGUUGUCUUUGAAUAUGCAAAAACCAAGAGAUUGUGAACAGUUUAUAAUCUCAUAGCAGAAAAGAAAAAAAAAACACUUAUAGAAAUAUGUUUUUUUUUUUUUUCAAGGGAAGGGAGUUUUGUAUAUCUGGGCCACUGGCAAUGGUGGAGCCAGUUACGAUGAUUGUAGCUGCGACGGUUAUACGUCAAGUAUCUACACUCUGUCUAUCGCCUCUGUGAGCGCCAGUGGAUGCAAAACGUUUUACGACGAGAGCUGCCCCUCUACCAUGGGCGUGGUCUUCACCGGGGAUGUUGGUUUGCAGUGCAGUAAGCGAGAGUCCUACAGCCAUCUUGUAACUACUUCUCUGUUUCACAAGUGUGUGACAUCGUUUUCUGGGACAUCCUGUGCGGCUCCCUUAGCAGCUGGAAUCUUUGCGCUGGUUUUGGAGGCAAAUCCUGACCUCACUUGGCGAGAUAUGCAACACUUGGUUGUUCAAACUGCGCGGAAAAAUGAGCCUGACAACCCUUCAUGGAGCACGGUAAAUCAUCUUUUAGUUGUCCUAAGGCAGCGUCUCAGUAAGGAAGACUCGAACAACACUGAAUUGUAACAGUUUUCCCGUUUCCUUCCAGCGCAGAUGAAUAGAUCCGUUCUUGUUAUUUAAUAGUCUCAGCAGUUAAACCUCAGAACCUGCUCACUUCCUGUCUUUUGUUGUUUUGCAGAAUGGUGCUGGGCAUAAAUACAGUCGUUCCUAUGGGUUUGGUGUAUUAAAUGCGGAAGAUUUAAUUAAUGCAGGAAAGGAAUGGGAACAUGUCGGUACUCAGCUGAAAUACACACUCCGCGGACUGUUGACACCUGACACAGCAACUUUACCAUCCAAGGGAGAGGUGGAACUGAAGGUAAAAAUGUUGUUUACUGAAUUGAUCGAUCAAUUCCAAGUCGCUUAUCAUUUCCAUGCCCUAACCUCAUCAUCUCUGAUCACAAAUAGCUCAUCAAUGACAACGAAGACAUCGAAAAACUAGAACACGUUCAGUUCAACGUAUCAAUAGACCACCGUCGCCGGGGGGACCUGGUGAUCGAUCUCAUCUCGCCCAGCGGCACCACUUCGCGACUGCUGGCCAAGAGGCCAGGAGACGACGGAACACGAUUAGCAUACUGGCCUUUCAUGACUGUGGAAUUCUGGGACGAGAACCCUCGAGGCGAGUGGACCGUGAAAAUCCGAGAUGAGAAGGUAAUAAAAUGGUAUAUUUUUGGAUGAAAACACGUAUGACUAAGCCACAAUAUUGGUUUUAGAUCUACAUCUGAUUGGUUGAAAGGGCGGCGCGAUUUUGCUAAGAGGAGGAAAACUUAAUAAGUAAGUAACUUUAUUUCGACUCAGGUUGAUGAGGCUGAUUAAGGCCCCAAGCAGCACAUGCUAAUAUACCGUGAAAAGUAUAAGAAAAUAACGAAAAAAACAAUAAUUCAGCAUAUCGAAAAUAAUCAGUUAAUAACUAAUUUUCUAACUACUUUUAUUAAAUGAACAAUUCUAACUCUUAAAUUAUAACAGAGGGAGAAAUCUCAGAAGACCGUGCAUUACAAAUGUAGCUCUCUUACAGCAUUCUUAAAUACCUUAAGAAUUAUCGUUGAGCGUGAUUCAUCUGGCAAGGAAUUCCACACUUUGGAACCAAUAAAAGGUGUAGAUUUUAAGCCAAAGUUUGAAGUUUUCUUACGUGGGAUUACGAGCUUGUUAGCGCCUCAUAAGUUUUUCAGAUUAUUACGUACGACGAACAAGUCGCUUAUAUAUUUCGGUAAAAAGACAAUUCCAAAAAAAUUAACUCUAACUUUGAAUAACCUUUGACAUUUAGUUUCAAAUACAUAUAUACAAAGAAUUACGUUACAAAUUGUUAUCUUUUGUUUUAUUUUCAGUCUGAAGACGACUACUCUCCAAGACGCCAUGACAUAUUUUUUGACGAAGGAGAAUCCAGAGACGAACCGAGCAUCGCAAAUGAUCUUUCCCAUGGUCGCUUUAAGGAAGAUUACAUGAAGCUGUCAAAGCGAUCGUAUGAAAAACGUCACGAAAAGUUUCCUCAGCGGAGCGAAGACCAACCCAGUUUCCAGCGCGAGCUUACUCAUGGACGGUUUAAGGAAGAUUAUAUGAAGUCAGUAAAAGGACCAAGACAACCCAUUAAUGUAGCUUCUGACGAGUCGUCAAUGUGUUCACAUUCAAAGUCACUUCAAGGGCAUAUAGCUGGGUGCGUUAGAAAUUGGUCUCUUGUUAUGUAUGGUACCGCCUGAAUCUAAUAAUAGCGGGUCAAAGUAAAAAUCUUCUAGAAGGGGAUCGUCGUAGGGGAUUCAGAGCCUGCAGAACCUGCAGAACGAGUUAAACUUUUUGUCGUUUUUCAGUCGAGUUAAAAGAACUCAAGGAAGCGCGUGGAAAACGCAAAAGCGAGUCGCGCUCACAAGUGACUCGCUCGACCUUCCGCUCGCUUCAGUACGUCCGAAAAACGCACAAAAAGAGGGAAAAUUGAUGCUUGUUCUGCAGACUAGAGGGGUUGCCCCUUCAUCUCUAAAGAUAUGAUUAACAUUUAUCUAUUGUAGCUGUAACUCUUCAAACUCCUGUCCAGGCUCUCUUCUUCGCGUUCCUUAGAGAGAGGCCUGGGCCGGGAGUCUUAUACAUUUCGUGCAGAUUUGUUAGUAUAUCAAGAUAAUACCUUCUAGCCGAUAAGUUUAGCUGUUCCCAUCACCUUUUACUGAAUUAGCUAUCGAUAGUGUAUAGAUAAGUUGUAUGUUAAUCACUUUCAGGCGGUAAAGGACUUAAAACGGAACGAUAAUCUCGAGGAGAGUUCCAUUUGGUGUAAGGAUCCUUUGUAAUUUAUCUUCUCGUCUUCUUGGGAUGUUAAAAUCAACGACCUAUAAUGUUUUUCAAUAGUUCAUGGAUUGAAGUGAGAGCUUCAUCGAUAACAAUAUUCUAGGGUUUUACGUAAAACGAUACUUUCCCUGCGUCGUAUUUAAAUAAUUGUCAAAUUAUUGGAUAUGUUUGAGAUUUACAAUCAUUACAGUAAGGCUAAAUUAUCCUUGGGGAAAAAAAAAACAUUCGCGUAUCGCUUAGCCGGAUGUAGGAGGCGUCCUGUUUUCCAUUUGAGUUAUUUUUUUCACAGCGAAACUUAAGAAGAAUUACUUUUAUUUAUGAAUGCAAAGAAAAAUUUAGCCUUCUCCAGCUAUUAGAAUUUCAAUUUUGAACGAAUAAUUUUCAUAAUCGAAAAACGAGCUUUUCACGAAGGGUAAGGGGCUGGGUAGCAAUGGGGAGGAGGGGAAUUCUUAUUUAUUUGUGUGAAUUGUUAUACGUUGACGAAAGUCAAUUGAAAUUCAAUUUUGUUUUUCGAAGGAACCUUUUCGCAAUUAAAGGAGUAAAUAUUCAUAGCUCUACCGCGCAAAGUUUUUAAGAUAAAAUCUUUUAAGUUAGAGUCUUCAGUGACUUAGUAUUCGACUGAUAAUCUGAACUAAAACUGGUGAUCCAAGGGACCCGGAUUUUAUUAUUUUUUCAUUAAGCCUGCUUCCAUGAAUUUCAAUUUGCGUCUUUCAUAUUUUCAAUAUCAAAGAAACCUCGAAUGCUAUACUGUCAAAUAAACAAUCGUAGGACGAACCAAAAAUUAUAUUUUCUUCUUUGAAGCCACACGUGGUAAACGGCAACUUUGUAUCAUAUAUAUUUAUAAUUUUCUGUAAGUUAAAAUGGGUGUUAUCAAUUAGGUAAAAUAAAACAUCGUAUUAAUAAUAGUUUAAAACUUCUGAUUUUUUAAGGCAUUCUCUGAGUCCUUGAUUGAUUGAAAGUAAUGAUUUUUUAAUUGUGUUGCUCGUACGUUUUUUGUCUUCAACGGCAUCGUUCUCGAGACUUUUGAAAUUUAUUUAAAUCAAGAUAUGUCAACGAGAUUUCAUUCGCGUCAAGUCCCAAAUUUUGCAUCGUGGAACACGUAAAAUUUCCAGAAAGUUUAAUGACCUUUCCCGUAUUUGUUUUUGGACAAAAUCUUUUCUUCGAAGUUUAUAAUUUCUUCAAGCCUUGCUCGAGGAAAACUCUUUUCAUGAAGCUGAACCUUCUGCCGGUCACCUGGACGUGUGGGCUUUAUUUGGGUUCUGUGAUCUGAAUAUCAUUCAUACACUGACAGAUCCAGAUGGAGGGUUAAGGGGUCUCUUUAAAAUUUUAUGAAACGCUUUUUAAUUCUCAGUAUAAAGAGAAUCGUUUAAGCUUCGAAUAUAGCGCGCAUAUUGAUCUAUUUUGCCCUUCAAGAAGCCGAAUUGCAAUCGUUUUGAAGUUAAUUCAGGGAAGAAACCGUUAGUUCGUCAAUUAGUAGAGUUAGUACUUCGGCUAUUGAAGCCAAAUUUCUCUGAACUUCGUCUACCAGAAAAAGAGGCCUACCCGAAGAGAAAGAUUCACGGUUUUGUGGAAAUUUCACUUCAGUGCUCAGCUGUGGUUGAUUGAUAGAUAGUUUGAAGUGAUUGAUUUCCUGGCUAAAUGUGUCACAAUGAUUUGUGUGUGCUGAGAAAGGAAACUAAAUUGUCCACGGUAAAUACUGUUGCUUUUCGACCUUCUCCAUCUCAGCAAAAAUACCACGGAUGCACACAUGACCACAGUGGCAAACGUGACAAGGCAGACAUGUCGCAAAAUCACAGGAUGUACGUAGAAUUCAGUGGCCUUUACGUUUCGAAUGCCUCUAUUUGCUAAUUCUACUCCAUGUUAAAAUUUUUCGAUUAUUUCGAGUUUCUCACUCAAAAUUUAUCUAAAUUUUUUUUUACCUAAUUUUCGGAAAUGUACACGACACGACACGACAGCGACGUGGGGCUUGUAGAUAACAGAGCAUUUCCUUACACGUCAAUGGUUUUCUAAAGCUCAGCGAUCUCAGUCUUCCAUUUCAAUUUUCUGGAUUUAUCCGUUGAAGCCUCGAGGAACUCCACUCGUGUACUUGAAAGUCAAGAAACGGUUUAGAACAAAAAUAUGCCUUAAUUCAAGGCUAGCUUUAUAUAUUACAAGUUUGAUCUAAAUGGAGAGGGGAUGUUGGUGAAGCAGGGUAGUCCAAAGAUACAACAAUAUCAUUUUUCUUCUCGUCAGAUAUAUUUUUUCAAUUAGUUUCUGUUGUUGUCAGCUAUAUAUUCCGUUAUAAACCCCUCUUGAAAAAAGCUUAAAUUAGUGACAGUCUUGUUUUCUUAUCACUAAACAUUCUGUGGCUGAAUGAGGAGAAAAGUAAGCCGGUUCACCGUGGCAAAAUAUUGGUAGAUUUAGCUUCUCGGAAGAGACGAGUCACCCAACUUUGGAAACUGCUUUACUUUGCUGUAGGUUCAGGUUUGUUUUCAUCUUUUUAACUACGUGGCUUACUCCUGUUUAGUUUGAGACUUUUAUCAGAUUCGGCGACAACUCUAGCAUCAAGAAAAAUGUAUUAUCAUAAAUCAUGCCGUUGAAGCGGGCACCAGCUGACUCAAUUAUUUCGGCUUACACGCAUCAUCUAGCAUCGUAAAAAAACUUGAUUUACACUCGUAAAGAGACUAAAGUUCCUUCAUUAAUCUGAAACUGGUUUUUAACGGUUUGAACGCAGUCCUCAAUUCGCCCUUUUUCCACUAACGUGCGACGAUUUUCGAAAUCAAUUUGAAAAUUAAUAUAGUGUGGGAUGACAUUACCGCUUUGUUUCGUACCUCCUCUAUUUUACAUGAAAAAGAAGACCAUUAAUGUUUUUGAAAUUAACCUGACUUCCUACUCACGAUAGCUUCAAUUCAUGUCUCGUAUAAACAUGAAAGUUCCUUCCUAAGUAUUGAAUACGCGACUUUUUUUUAUCAGCUCGGUUGAAAAGGAGCACCUUUUCUCGAAGUUUUUGUUUUCCGUUUCUAUUUAUCGCCAUCUUCACUCGCGUCGCGCAAAGAUCAGCUCUUAUCAUUUUCACUUUCCUCGGGCAUUGGCUGUGAGUGACAAACACAAACAACACACAGCUGCCCCUAACACUUCGCAAAUUGUGUUUUUUAGAUUUCUUUUUUACUGAAAUUGGAAAAUUUUAUCAGUAUUCUUCCUCGAAUAGUAAAAUUACACCUUUUCCCUUCUUAAACUCAGGUAAGAGAAAAUUAACAAAUUUAAAUUCACGAAGAAGAUUGCUUCUAUGUCAGCAUAUUCGCUUUGAUGAUGAUUUCGCAAUUUUCUCAACAGCUGGGACCAAAGAAAUAUAUUUUCAAAUUUGAAGGAGAAUGUAACAGGAUAUAUUUUUUUCUCCUCUCACAUAAAAUUGACAGUGCUUGGCGCUUUUCUGGAUCAACUUAUCUAACUUUUGUAACGAGAGUAAAAACUCUCGUCGACCAUUGCAUUAUUUGUUUUUUGCUCAAACUUUAAAUACACGAUUGCAGAUUUAUUUAUUCAAGUGCUGUCUUCCCGUCUGCCUUGAAAUAAAACUUUCUCGCUGAUUAGUAAUCCUGUGUCUCUUUAUUUGCAUUCUGUCGAUUAAUCUUCCGCGCUCUUAAUAUUUUUCACUCCCUGCCAACCAAUGAAAUGUAGCGUAACUUCCAACAAUUUAAGAGGGGAGGGGAUGUUGAAAUACAUCAAUUUUAAUAUCGCACAAAUUACCCAUAAGUGCGACAAAUUUAGAAAUUUCAACGACUUUUCUCAGCAAAAAUGCAAACAUUAAGCUCAAUUGCGAGAAAAGCUUUUAGACGUUGACGAAUUAUUGUAUAUAUGUUGCAAAGGAAAAAGGCCACGGCUGUCCUACCCGGGAUUAUUUCCUGUUUCGGCUUUUGCGUAAGGGUGUUGAGAAAAUUGACAGCCAGUCUGUAUGAUACCUUUCGGGCGCAGUGAGUAUAUUUAGCCGAAAUUUCAACUGUGGUUACUACGAUUGUUAGGAACGGAGAACUUUCUCCGUGGCGGAAUCCUUUCCAAUGAUUCUUAGAAAACUUCUUUUCACGUCGCUACUAUUUGUAGCAGUUUUGAUUCUACCUGUCUUUCAGCAUGAAAUCGAAGAAUUUCAAGAUUAUGAGCAUCUCGGUGACCUCCGAGAAGACGAUAGGCCUCUGUUCACAAAUAUCUGGGCGGUCGAAUUAGACGAAGACGACUCCAACCUUGCUGACGAAAUAGCGAGAAAUUUUAAUUUGAAACACAAUGGUAGAAUUGGUAGCUUGCCCCGUAUUUUCAAGUUCAUGCACGAAGGAACAAGCGCUCGUUUGAAGCGACGAGCGACAGAGAGAACUCGUCAACUCAACGAUCAUCCAAGGAUCGUAUGGGCCGAACAACAGCGCGUUCUAGAACGAAACAAGCGCGACUUCUUGCCAGAGAGUUACCUAAGAGAACGAGAAUUCGAAAGGAAAUACCGAGAACAGCGAUACAAGAGAAUAUUUAAUGAUCCUGGAUGGGAAAGGCAAUGGUAUUUGGUGAACUGGGGUCAAAAUGAUGAACAUUUAGUCGGAGCUGAUAUAGGGGUACUCGAUGUUUGGCGUCGCGGUAUAACAGGUAAAGGGGUUGUUGUCAGCAUUCUUGACGAUGGUUUAGAUCACACACAUCCCGAUUUGAAAAGAAACUAUGAUCCACACGCAAGUAAAGACCUAAAUGACGAUGAUGACGAUCCAUUUCCGAACGACAGCGAUCCGUAUAACGCGCACGGUACGAAAUGCGCUGGGGAAGUAGGCGCUCAAGAAGAUAACAACGAAUGCGGAGUCGGAGUAGCUUUUAACGUCAACCUUGGCGGAAUUCGAAUGCUCGAUGGUACAGCAACAGAUUUAUUGGAAGCAAGCGCUUUAGGCUUUCGACGUGACUACAUCGAUAUUUACAGUAAUUGUUGGGGGCCGAAAGACGACGGAAAAACUUUUGGCAGGCCAGGACCGUUGGGAAGGCAAGCGUUUGAAGAUGGAGCUAAGUACGGUCGCGGAGGUAAGCUAAACUAAUUUGGCAACAGCCAUGUAAACUUAAUUUUCCUACAUAAAGAUGAUUCAUUAGUUCUUGUCAAAGUCCAUCGGGAGAAAUAUUUUACUUAAAAGAUUUUACGAGGCAAAUCAAGUUAAUGUUUUUCAUGUAAAAUAAAUCAACUUUAGAUCGCUUGUGUCAGAUUUAGUAUUCAGAAAGUUGAAUGUAUGAUCGUCAUUAAUUAUUUAAACCUGUGAGCCAGGUUUUUUUUUGAUUAUCACAGAAACUAGAUUUAUUAUAUCGGAGUGGUUUUUUUUCGAUUGAAUAUUUUUUGCUGUAUUUUCUGACAGAAUUUUCAUAUGGCUCUCUUUUUAACUUAAAAUUUAAGGAUUUAUAUUUUUCUUUCUACUAUUAUUCCGUAUUUUAUAUUCCGGAGGUUCACUAAGUAUGCGUGGGUGUCUAAAAGUUCUCUUGACGUAUGUUAUUUCGUAGAUCUCCCACUCGCAUUAAAAUCGUUCACAGCUUUUCUAUUGUACACAAAAGGAAAUAAGGAAGGAAACCUUCGUUUGUAAUUACAAAUUAAAUUAAGAACGACAUUGUUUUGAUAUUGCCAAUGCUCUUCGCUGAAAAUGAGAGUGAAAAUUAAGGGGUUAUCGUUAGGGAUCAUUAUUGCUGUAUUAUCGUACCUGUAUCGAGGCUCAAUAUUCGAAGUCGGAAGUUCUUUAACUUUUUUUUUUUUUUUCGUUAAAGAGUUUUCUACUUUAAAGGUUAGCUGAUGCUUUUAAAACCACAGCAAAAUAUUUUUACCAUGGAUGUUUUCUAAGAAUUAUUUUCCUUACACAACAGCUGCAGGCCCUUGUACUGUUAACAUAAAUAUACUGCUAGAAAAAGACUUAAAAAUCACAGGGCUCAUUGCUGGCAGAAAUGCCUUAGUUCUACAAGAUUCUACUGUUUUGUAAUGGGUAAAACAAUACAGCUCUAAAUAAAGCACUCAUUGUCUUAGAGUGAAUGAAAUUCAGCCAUCGCAUUUCUUAACUUUUGACCGCUGAGCUUAAAUGAAGCCAUCACAAAUUGGUAGUAAUAAUUAAGUUUACUGAUCUGACAGCAUGUCAGCUUGAAACACAAAUUGAAAACUUCCCUUUCCACACAGCUGUGUCUAUCUAUUUAGUGCUUAUGGGAAAACUACAUUUUGUUUUUUCUUCAAGCCUCCUUUUUUAUUUUGAUACUUUCCUUACUGUUUCAACCAGCAGAAGAUAAUAUAAAUUAAGAGUGACUAAUCAAUUGGAAAUUGAGGACUGUCCAAAGUGAGAAGGUUGUAAGUGAGACUGUCUUCAGGUUUUAACCCUCUAAGCCCUAAGGGUGAUAAGCAUCUAAUUUCUCUUCGCAAUAUCACUACUGAGUCAGAAGUUAGGGUCAUGAGAAUAAAGGAAAUGAUCACCAACUAAAGGAGGUCUUGAUUGUUGAACAAAUUCUCCUUGUCAGCACCUUAGGAAAUGUAUAGAGAACAGUAUGGAGAAUAUGCAUACUGAUGUUAGGGUGUAAAUGGUUUUUGUAGUCGGCUGCCACUAUAAAGCAAGUGUCCGACAGUGCAAACACUUCCCUGUUUUUACUAUGAAGAAAUCCUCAAAUACCCUGUCACUAUAAUAGGAAUACCUGAAAAUGUUUAUUAUUUCUCUCCAGGGAAAGGAAGUAUAUUUGUUUGGGCCACUGGUAAUGGAGGUCUUGCCGAUGAUGAUUGUAAUGCAGAUGGCUACACAUCUAGUAUCUAUACGAUAUCUAUUGGAGCCGUCAGUCGAUAUGGCCUGUCCACUUACUACGAUGAGCAGUGUUCAUCUACAAUGGCAGUAACCUACACAGGAGACACUCACCGGGGUGGCUCCAGUGAAGCUGAUUUAGUCACCACUGAUCUUAAGCAUAAGUGCACCACAAGGUUCCGUGGCACUUCAUCAGCUGCUCCACUGGCUUCAGGUAUCUUUGCUUUGGUUCUGGAAGCAAACCAAAAUCUGACCUGGCGUGAUCUUCAACACAUUGUUGUGAAAACAGCAUUGAAGACCAGUCCAAAAGAUGAAGGAUGGGUUGAGAAUGCAGCAGGUUUGUUGGUGAAUCACAAGUUUGGAUUUGGUCGUCUUAAUGCUGCCAAAAUGGUGAGUGAAGCAGUGAAUUGGAUGCCAGUUGGGGAACAGCAGAAUUGUUCAGUAAAUGGCCCUAUAAAGGAUCCGUAUAUUCCAAUUCGAGGUACUCUGGAGUUGAGCCUCAACACAGAUGCAUGUGACAUCCAGAAACUAGAGCACGUACAGGUCACUGUCAGCUUCAGAUUAUCCAAGGCAUUCCGUGGUGAUAUCAGCAUUGAUCUCACCUCCCCAGGGAAAAUGACAAGUCAGUUACUUUCUGUUCGCCGCAAUGACAAGGACACGUUUGGACUGAAUGACUGGGCUUUCAUGACUGUGCACUUCUGGGACGAGUCACCUAAAGGAACAUGGAUCCUAAGAUUCCACCACGACAAGAAGUCUUCAAGUGCACCAUCAAAACCAGAUGUUGAGGAAAGGGAGAAGGUUCUUAUACAACAUGACCUGUUGAAAGCGCGCCGGGAUGAGAUCAUGGAUGACUACGACAGCUACCAUGAUGAGAUACAUCAUGGCCGGUUUGGAAAAGAUUACAUGCGUGAUCAAGUGUUCCCAGUCGCUGAAGACGAGGGUGAUCUAGAUAGUUUAUUGCAACAGGAGGAUGAAGGCUCUGAUUCAGCCAAAGGAUAUGCAGGCACAGUGUCAAAAUGGGUGUUAACACUCUAUGGAACCAGUGAUUAAUGUGACACAAAGAAAAAUUUUUCCUACUCAAAAAAGUUUAUUUUAUCAAGUGACUGAGUAUAUUGCAACUAUUACUAAUAGUCUUUCUUGGUUCAAAUUAGGUGUGUUUGGGGUGUGGUUAAUUUAUUUCUUACAAGGUAUUAGUUUGUGUAAAGUUGGGGAUUGUUUUAGUGGUUUAUAGAGACUCUAAUUUUUUGGAAAAACAAAGUUCAUUUUAUUAUUUAUAUAAAAAAAAUUUAUUUUGAUACCAUAUGAUGACUUAAAUGGUUGAUUUGAAUUUUUCAGUUGGUUUGCCUCCAGCUUAAUUGUGGCAGAGCACAUCUCAUGAAUUUGUACAACAAAUAUGUUGGAGUCAAUAUAUUAUCAAAACAUUUAAUUAUGUUAAUUAAAAUUGUCAGAGAUUCCUCUGCAAUUAUUUGUUUGUUCCAGGGUCUGUGAUCCUGGAGAAAAAAUUGAGAAGAGAAAUACUCACUCUGCAGUUUGUAAAUAAAUUUGCUGUACUAAGGAAUAUAAUUUAACACAAAAUUACUAACUUAUAAGUAAAUGCUUAUGUUAUUCUCAUUAACAUAUUAACUAACUGCCUUGUAAAUAAACCUCUCAAGUAUGUUAUUAGGUUUAAGGUAAUUAGUGGUAAUUAUUUUAUCUCUGUUCUUAUUAUUUGCAAUUUAGUGUAGUCCUGAUGCAGGCUUUUUCUGAAAUGCUGUGGCCCAAUUGGUGAAGCUGUGAUCCCAUUCCAGCCUGCUUUGCCACCUUGCUGGUCUCUAGCCACUUUACCAGUAGUGCUGCAGCGUAAAUGCAAGCUUACUUGCUUGCUUAAUAUAGUAAACUUCAAAGUGCAGAUAUUUUUAUGAGCUAAUUCUAAUAAUCACAUCACAGAAACAUAAUCAUUCUAAACAACACUAACAAGGAAAAUAAUCAGUGUACAACAUAACAUUGAAAGUGUACUCCUUUAACAAUGCUAAGUAUAUGAUUCAAACAAGGAAAAACAAAUUUAUGUUUAAAAUUCAUUGUAAUGGCAUCCUAAUUUGAGGAGGAAUGAAAGACUGAGGUUUAGUUCUGCAUCCUCUGCUAAAUGGUGCAUUAAAUUGACAGAAGACCGGACAUGGCUAUGAAUGUUUUCCCAAACGCUUGAGUGGGUAACAAAAUAACACAUUUCUAAUUUAAUUUGGCAUUCAAAUUGUCACAAUCUAAGGCAUGCUCGAAAAAAGCCCUAAGUGACCUCUCACACACCUCUAGAUUCUCCUUUCAACCUGUCCUACAUUCGCUUGUGAAACACAGGGAGAAGUUCAUGUUUCAUCAAGGGUUACUCAGGGCUUUAUUCCAGAUGCCCUUAUGUUUAUCGUAAUGGGUGGUAAAGGGCUAAAAUAGAAAAUAAAAGUAGUAAAUAAUAGCAUUCCAGCACCAGAUGAAACUUUUAUUUUGUGACAUUCUUCAAUAUGCUACUAUGUUGAAUCCUUCUAAAGGUAUUAACAUGAUGUAAUGUACUCAG